AUGUCUUUGGGUACUUCCCAAGCAGUUUUUCAGAUUCAGUCUAGGGUUGUGCCGCAAUCGGGGUAUAUUGAGCGUUACGGGAAAUCCGAGUUGCGAGUAAAAUGUAGGAAGAAAAUGUCUUCAAGGCGUAGGUUUUUAAUCGAAAGUUCUACUUCUAGUGUACUUCAAAGUCAGUUAAGACCUCAUCGAUUUCCGUUGACUGCUGUCAGUUUUUGUGAUUAUAAGAGCUAUAGUCAUCCGGGGUUACAGAGAUGCAAAUGCCAACAGGCUGAAAAUUUGAGUGGCAUAACUUCAGGAGAUGGGAACGGGGUAAGGUUUGCGAGCGAUGUUGAAAAAUCAAAUUUGGUAAGUAAUGUGAUGAGUGCAAAGUCGGUUGUAGAGUUUGGAGAUGUUCAAGUGUUGAAAGAGGAAAAGGAGAUUUUGUCGUCUAAUAUUACUAAUGGAAAUAUCUCGAAAAACUUUGACUCUGUUAGCAUCAACUCCAUUGAGGAAGAAGCGUGGGAUCUACUGAGGGAAUCUGUAGUUAAUUAUUGUGGUAAUCCUAUUGGAACUAUUGCUGCAAAGGAUCCAAACAGUACCAAUGUUUUGAAUUAUGACCAGGUCUUUAUUCGGGAUUUUAUUCCUUCUGGAAUCGCUUUCCUAUUGAAGGGAGAGUAUGAUAUUGUUCGUAAUUUCAUUCUUCAUACACUUCAGUUGCAGAGCUGGGAGAAAACAAUGGAUUGUCAUAGUCCAGGACAAGGUUUGAUGCCUGCUAGUUUUAAGGUUCGGACAGUUCCUUUAGAAGGUGAUGAUGACUCUGCAACAGAAGAGGUUUUGGAUCCCGAUUUUGGAGAGGCAGCCAUUGGCCGUGUUGCUCCUGUUGAUUCCGGGUUGUGGUGGAUUAUUUUACUACGAGCAUAUGGAAAAUGCUCUGGGGAUUUAUCAGUUCAGGAGAGAGUUGAUGUGCAAACCGGAAUUAAGAUGAUUUUGAAGUUGUGUCUUGCUGAUGGCUUUGACAUGUUUCCAACAUUAUUAGUAACUGAUGGUUCUUGCAUGAUAGAUCGAAGGAUGGGCAUACACGGGCAUCCUUUGGAGAUUCAGGCACUGUUUUAUUCCGCCUUACUUUGUGCGCGUGAGAUGCUUACUCCCGAGGAUGGAUCAGCUGACCUUAUACGAGCACUGAACAAUCGUCUGGUAGCUCUUUCAUUUCAUAUUAGGGAAUAUUAUUGGAUUGAUAUGAAAAGAUUAAAUGAAAUUUACCGUUACAAGACAGAGGAAUACUCGUAUGAUGCUGUUAAUAAAUUCAACAUAUAUCCAGACCAGAUUCCUCCGUGGUUAGUGGAAUGGAUGCCAAACAAAGGAGGCUACUUAAUUGGUAACUUACAACCUGCUCACAUGGAUUUCCGGUUUUUUUCACUGGGAAACUUGUGGUCUGUUGUAAAUAAUAUGGCCACAGAGGAACAAUCACAUUCUAUAUUGGAUCUUAUUGAGGCCAAAUGGUCGGAUUUGGUAGCAGAGAUGCCACUCAAGAUUUGUUAUCCUGCUCUUGAAGGUCAGGAGUGGCAGAUAAUCACGGGAAGUGAUCCCAAGAACACGCCUUGGUCCUACCAUAAUGGAGGCUCCUGGCCAUCACUGCUCUGGCAGCUCACAGCUGCAUGCAUAAAGAUGAACAGACCACAUAUUGCUGCAAAAACUGUUGAAAUUGCUGAGAGGCGUAUAUCAAGAGACAAGUGGCCUGAAUAUUAUGACACAAAAAGAUCCCGAUUCAUCGGAAAACAAUCUCAACUGUUUCAGACAUGGUCAAUUGCGGGAUACCUUGUGUCAAAGCUGCUGCUUGCAGACCCAAGUAAAGCAAACAUACUGAUAACUGCAGAGGAUUCUGAACUUGCAAAUGCUUUUAUUACUGCCAAUCCAAAAGGAAAGCGCGGGAGGAAAAAUUUGAAGCAGACCUACAUUGUAUGA